AUGGCUGAGAAAACCGCACGCGAUGCAGCCGACGCCGCUGCAACUACUGCUGCAAGGGCGUCGGAAAUUUCCGCGCAAAAGCGCCCAAGGCGACAACGCGAUGCAAUUUCAACUUCCGCUGCUAGAGCUCUCCGUUGGAGGGUUCCAGUCCAGACUCCAAACAUUUCCUCGCAAAAAUCAGACAGUACAAUUGUGCCUUCCAGACGACCUCUUUUGGCGGUAAUGCCUUCCGCGAAGUCGGUUGGAAUCUCACCUUCUCUUUUGCCGGAAACUGCCACUGAUUCGGCCUUUCUACUAAUAUACUCCAUAGCUGACUACAAUCAACAGGAAGAUGCCCGCAUGGUCUUAAUUCCCGAGAACGAUACAGGCCAGGACUAUCAUUCUCGCAGGGAUAUCAUAAUGAGUCUCCAACAAAUACUCCACGAGACAAACAGCUAUGUCCGCAGUUUUAAAUAUGCUCUCGAAAAUAACACUUCUUCUAAUUUCAUUAUUGUAAUUGAUGCUGACAAAUGGCCUCAGGGAGAUCUCGAACGUCGUUACAAUGCUCCCGCAAGUAUUGAAGUUUCCGUCAUUGUCAGCGGUGAUCAGCACAACAGACGUGACAUUGUAUCGAAUCCCGCGGCAGUGGGCACCGAAGAAUCAGUGAAACGCACCGGUCCUACGAUGCACUGCAAUACCCACUUCUCUUCCCUUACGGAGAAGAUGGUAGACAUGGCUGCUAAGAUGGAAUCCGAAAGACUCUGUUACAUUAGACUGAGUCAGACCAAGUUGCGCUGCGACUCUUACAUUCACCUCCGUGAUGCUUUACGAAAUGACGCUGAUUCACGUAAUAUAGGCAAGAUGUGCAUUUUACCUGCAACGUUCACAGGCAGUCCACGAUACAUGCACGCGACGACGCAAGACGCAAUGACAUACGUUCGUAAGUACGGCCGACCAGACUUAUUUAUAACUUUCAUGUGUAACCCAAAAUGGCAGGAAGGUUCCGUAGACGAAAUCCAGGGCUUCCUUGCAGGGCGCGUCAUUAGCAGCACAGAGGGCCCUUGGCACAUAUUCAGCUUCGCCAUCCACGAACGCUUCCCAACAAUCGUCCAGCUUGCUGUGCACCUAGACGAGUUUGCUAGGACUCUACUGUACCCAGACGUGCCUUCAUACUACGUGUGGACAAAAAGAACAACUGGGCUCGGCGGAAGCGCGGGGCCAACUUCAAGGGCUAUCCAGGCGUCAAAAAAGAUGCUACACUCGGAAGGGUAUUCACGGUUCCCCCAUCGUGACAAGAAUGUUUUUACUUGCGACUCCUUUUGCACGAAGUUAGUCGUCCAACGAGCUACAAUAACUUACGGACGGUUAAUGGAGUUUUAUGUGACACUUUUCCUGAGGCCUGCCUCCGUCUCGGCCUUUUGGAAGACGACAGCCAUAGGGGAAAGAUCGGUAAUAGUGUCUGUCCACCCUCAACACAAACCUUAUGUGAAAGAAGAGAGAGUGACAAUACCCUCUCUCUCUCUUAGCGAAUAUUCCGUAUCCUGUUGCGUUAGUGCGUGUAUGGAGGCCGUCCUCUAUCUCAUUUUCUUUUACAUCUAUCUAUCUAUCUAUCUAUCUAUCUAUCUAUCUAUGUGUUCGUAUAUAUCUAUCUUUCUCUUCGCAUCUAUCUAUCUAGCUUUUUUCGUCUUUAUAUUUGUUAAUCUGUCUCAAUUUGCUUUUCUAUCUAUCUAUCUAUCUAUCUAUCUAUCUAUCUAUCUAUCUAUCUAUCUAAACCAGUCCACUCAUUCUGUCAGCCAUUAUACAAAAUCUUUAUUUGUUCCCUUAUUACUUGAACUGUUUUUUUCUGGCAGAUGUAAUAUUUUUUUAUCUAUCUAUCUAUCUAUCUAUCUAUCUAUCUAUCUAUCUAUCUAUCUAUCUAUCUCAAUCUUGUUUACAUCAGCGUUUCUCCCGACCCAUUCUUCGGCCGUCAUCAGGUGUAUCAUUCGUAAGAAAAGAGAAUAG